AUAACAAAAAUACAAAAUGUUCAGUUCAGUAAAAAUUCAUGCAUAACAAACUUUUAUUAUUUCUGGCACACAGGCAUCCUGUUUAGCGGUACCUGGACAUGGUCAGUAACAAUGCCAGGGAGUAUUAAUGGUCUAUACGGUUCUUGCUUGGUUAUACCAUGUAACUUCUCCUACAAUUUCUAUCCACCUAAAAACCAUGAUUGAGUAGUGUGGUAUCAGUAUGUUAGUCGUGGAUACCCUUUAGUGUAUGAUAGUUGGUACCCUGGAUCAGUGAUUGACAAGUUUAGAGGAAAAACCAGUUUAUAUGGAAGCCCAUCCGUGAAGGACUGCAGUCUGCUGAUUGAGGACCUUAAACUAUCCCACCAUGGAGAAAAAGUUUAUACCUGGAUAGACCCGGAAAAUACUGGAUACAAAACUUACAGAUUCUAUGAUGUUACCAGUACGAUUUAUAUUGAAACAUCAGCACCAGCGCCCAGCAUUGACAUUUUUGGAGGAAACCAAAUUGGGCAACACAUCACUGUUCAGUGCAGCACAUACCACACCUGCCCUUACAGAAAACCCUCUCUGACUCUGAGUGGGAUAGAAGGAACACAAGACAGAUUGGAACACACUGACAUUGGAAGUGGCACCUGGAAAAUCACACUAAAACGUGAAGGGAUUGUUAAGUCUGAUAACCAGAGAGUUGACUGUGUGGUCAGACAUCCCGUUGGUCUUUCGGCUUCAGCUACUAAAACACACACUGUGACGUUUAAGUGACACUUCUGUUUCAUACAUUUCUGAAUUAUCGAAAAAUUAAUUGUGUUGACCCUGGAAACAAGAAACAUCUAGACACACUUUCUCAUGUCCUUUUUAACAUUCAGUGGCACAUGAGUCAGGAAAUCAGAUUUGUAGCAUUGCAUUGUGGUUGUUUGAUGCCAGAUUUUAUCUUUAUUAUCAACAGGUCCCAUUUACAGUCCCCAGAUUACACCUGAUUCCAGCACAGAGUUUCUUGAGGGAGUGAAAACAGACAUCAUUUGCUCAGUUACAUACAAGUGCCCCAGAGACCGACCUCACAUCACUUGGAAUGGUGGACAGUUAUCUGGCAGCAUGUCUCUUGUAUCUUGAACACAACAGGAAGCUAGAUCAACAUUAAAGUUCACUGCAAGUGCUACUGACCAUGGUAAAGUCAUUACCUGCCAAAUAGAUUUUAAAGGAUGUGUUCAAACAGAGAAAAUUACUUUAAAAGUGAAAAGUGAGUAAAAACCCUUCUUAAGUUUUCUGUUUUUACUGAUUGUCCUGUAUUUUUUUUUCAUGUAUUUAAGCUACAUGUGUUGUUUAUUAUACAGUACUUUGCUUAAAUAGAUAAAUUGCCAACGGCUGCAAUUCUAAAAUGUACCACUAUACUUAUAUACCUAUAUAGUACUUAUAAGUACAGCAUACUUAUAAAAGAGCUUGUAAGUGCACGUCUGAAAAUGAGGGUCUGAAGUUUAUGCUUUUGAAUGCUACUGGUGACAUUCAUUGCCAAAAAUCUGUGCAUACUCACUCUGAGGAGUGUAAAAAUUAAGUGGCACUGGCACCAGCUGGAAAAGUAUUUUUAAAUC